CGACGCUCAUUGGCCUGGGCGGCGCAGCCAAGCUGUCAGCCCAUGUGGCGUGUCCGCGCUGGGACGGCCGCGGUUAAAUAGAGUCGGCGCCGGCCUAGAGGGAGCCAGAGAGACGGCAGCGGCCCGGCCUCCCCUGCGCCACCGCGCUCCAUCCUCGCUCCCCGCCGCCCGCCCGCCGCCCGCGCCCAGACCAGAGAGCAGCCAUGGAGGAGGUGGUGAUUGCUGGCAUGUCCGGGAAGCUGCCCGAGUCGGACAAUAUGCAGGAGUUCUGGGCCAAUCUCAUCGGCGGCAUAGACAUGGUGACAGACGACGACAGGAGGUGGAAGGCAGGACUCUACGGCCUGCCCAGGCGGUCCGGCAAGCUGAAGGACCUAUCCAGGUUCGACGCCUCUUUCUUCGGGGUCCACCCAAAGCAGGCUCACACUAUGGACCCCCAGCUGCGCUUGCUGCUGGAGGUCACCUACGAGGCCAUCUUGGACGGAGGCAUCAACCCAGCGUCACUCCGAGGGACACACACCGGUGUCUGGGUGGGCGUGAGCGGCUCCGAGGCCUCAGAGGCCCUCAGCCGAGACCCUGAGACCCUCUUGGGCUACAGCAUGGUGGGCUGCCAGCGCGCCAUGAUGGCCAACCGUCUCUCGUUCUUCUUUGAUUUUAAAGGGCCCAGCAUCGCCCUGGACACAGCCUGCUCCUCUAGCCUGAUGGCUCUGCAGAACGCCUACGAGGCCGUGCGCAGCGGGGAGUGCCCCAGCGCCAUCGUGGGGGGCAUCAACAUCCUGCUGAAGCCCAACACCUCCGUGCAGUUCAUGAAGCUGGGCAUGCUCAGUCCUGAGGGUACCUGCAAGUCAUUCGACGAGUCUGGGAACGGUUACUGUCGCUCGGAGGCCGUGGUGGUCAUCCUGCUGACCAAGAGGUCCCUGGCCCGGCGCGUGUAUGCCACCAUCCUGAACGCCGGCACCAACACCGACGGCUACAAGGAGCAAGGUGUGACCUUCCCCUCCGGGGAGGCCCAGGAGCAGCUCAUCCGCUCCCUGUACGAGCCGGCUGGGCUGGCCCCAGAGUCUCUGGAGUAUAUCGAAGCCCACGGCACGGGGACCAUGGUGGGCGACCCCCAGGAGCUGAACGGCAUCGACCGAGCCCUUUGCACCACCCGCCGGGACCCCUUGCUGAUCGGGUCCACAAAGUCGAACAUGGGGCACCCGGAGCCCGCCUCGGGGCUUGCAGCCAUGGCCAAGGUGCUGCUGUCCCUGGAACACGGGCUCUGGGCCCCCAACCUGCACUUCCGCAGCCCGAACGCUGAGGUCCCCGCGCUCCGGGAGGGGCGGCUGCAGGUGGUGGACCGGCCCCUGCCCGUCCGCGGAGGCAACGUGGCCGUCAACUCCUUCGGCUUCGGCGGUUCCAACGUGCACGUCAUCCUCAGGCCCGACCCGCGGCGCCCCUCGCCGGCCGCCCCGCGCGCCACCCUGCCCCGCCUGCUGCGGGCCAGCGGGCGCACCCUGGAGGCCGUGCACUGCCUUCUGCAGCAGGGCCAGCAGCACGGCCAGGACCUGGCCUUCGUGAGCAUGCUCAAUGACAUCGCGGCCAUCCCCCCCACCGCCAUGCCCUUCCGGGGCUACGCGGUGCUGGGCGGUGAGGAAGGCGGCCCGGAGGUGCAGGAGGCCCAGCAGCCGCCUGCUGGCCAGCGUCCACUCUGGUUCAUCUGCUCUGGGAUGGGUGCGCAGUGGCAUGGGAUGGGGUCGAGCCUCCUGCGCCUGCACAGCUUCCGAGACUCCAUCCUGCGCUCCGACGAGGCCGUGAAGCCCUUGGGCCUGCAGGUGUCUGAGCUGCUCCUGAGCACAGACGAGGCCUGCUUCGACGACCUCGUCCACUCCUUCGUGAGCCUCACCGCCAUCCAGAUCGCCCUCAUAGACCUGCUGACCUCCAUGGGCCUACGGCCCGAUGGCAUCAUCGGACACUCCCUGGGGGAGGUGGCCUGUGGCUACGCAGACGGCUGCCUUUCCCAGGAGGAGGCCAUCCUCACGGCCUAUUGGAGAGGCCAAUGCAUCAAGGAGGCCAGCAUCCCACCGGGGGCCAUGGCGGCCGUGGGCUUGUCCUGGGAGGAGUGUAAACAACGCUGUCCCCCUGGCAUUGUGCCCGCCUGCCACAACUCCGAAGACACAGUGACCAUCUCAGGACCUCAGGCCCAGGUGGUCACAUUUAUGGAGCAGCUGAGGCAGGAGGGCGUGUUUGCCAAGGAGGUGCAAACAGGCGGCAUGGCCUUUCACUCCUACUUCAUGGAGUCCAUCGCCCCCACGCUGCUGCAGGCACUCAAGAAGGUGAUCCGGGAGCCAAGGCCCCGCUCGGCGCGCUGGCUCAGCACCUCCAUCCCCGAGGCCCAGUGGCAAGGGAGCCUGGCCCGCACAUCCUCGGCGGAGUACAGCGUCAACAACCUCGUGAGCCCGGUGCUGUUCCAGGAGGCGCUGCGUCACGUGCCUGAGCACGCCGUGGUGCUGGAGAUCGCCCCCCACGCCCUGCUGCAGGGCGUCCUGAAGAGAGGCGUCAAGCCCAGUUGCGCCAUCAUCCCUCUGAUGAAGAAGGACCAGAGAGACAACCUGGAGUUCUUCCUCAGGAACGUGGGCAGGCUGCACCUGCUGGGCAUUGAUGCCAACCCCAAUGGCCUGUUUCCACCCAUGGAGUUCCCGGUUCCCCGGGGGACUCCUCUCAUCUCCCCCCACAUCAAGUGGGACCACAGUCAGAUCUGGGACGUGCCUGCCGCCGGGGACUUCCCCAGCGGCUCCAGCGGUUCGUCUGCUGCCACCAUCUACAACAUUGACACCAGCCCCGAGUCCCCCGACCACUACCUGGUGGACCACCGCAUCGAUGGCCGCGUCCUCUUCCCUGCCACCGGCUACGUGUGCCUGGUCUGGAAGACUCUGGCACGUGUCUUGAGCCAGAACAUGGAAGAGAUGCCCGUGGUGUUUGAGGAUGUGACACUGCACCAGGCCACCAUCUUGCCCAAGACCGGGACUGUGGCUCUGGAAGUGCGGCUUCUGGAGGCUUCCCGCACCUUUGAGGUGUCUGAGAACGGCAACCUGAUCGUGAGCGGGAAGGUGUACCAGUGGGAGGAGCCUGACCCCAAGCUCUUCGACAGCCAGGAGGGCCCGGACCCCACGGCCGCAUUCCACCUGUCCCAGGGGGACGUAUACAAGGAGCUGCGGCUGUGUGGCUACGACUAUGGCCCCGACUUCCAGGGCAUUCUGGAGGCCAACCUGGGAGGCUACACAGGCCAGCUGCUAUGGAAGGACAACUGGGUAACCUUCCUGGAUGCCGUGCUGCAGAUGUCCGUGCUGAGUAUGGCCCAGCGCUCCCUGCGCCUGCCCACCCGCAUCACCUCCAUCCACGUCGACCCCGCCACUCACCGGCAGAAGGUGUACUCGCUCAAGGGCCAGGCCCAAGUGGCUGAUGUGGUGGUGAGCAGCUGUCUGAACCACAUGGUGGCCGGCGGAACCCUCAUCUCGGGCCUACACACCUCCAUGGUUCCGAGAAGGCAGCAGGAGCAGUUCGCCCCGAUCCUGGAGAAGUUCUGCUUCACUCCCUACGUGGAGGUGGGGCUCCUGGCUGGAAACGCAGCCCUACAGGACGAGCUGCAGCUGUGCAAGGGGCUGGCACAAGCACUGCAGACCAAGGUGGCCCAGCAGGGGCUAAAGAUGGUGGUCCCUGGGCUGGAUGGGGCCCAGGUGCCCCGGGAGCCCCCACAGCAGGGCCUGCCUCAGUUGCUGGGGGCUGCCUGCCAACUCCAGCUCAAUGGGAGCCUGCAGCUGGAGCUGGACCAGCUACUGGCCCAGCAGAAGCCCCUGCUGCAUGACGACCCCCUGCUCCACGGCCUUCUCGAUUCCCCGGCACUCAAGGCCUGCGUGGACACCGCCCUGGAGAACCUGAGCAGCCCCAGGAUGCACAUUGUAGAGGUGCUGGCUGGCGAUGGCCGCCUGUAUUCCCGCAUUCCGGCGCUGCUCAACACCCAGCCCCUGCUCCAGCUGGACUACACGGCCACGGACCGCCACCCCCAGGCCCUGGAGGCUGUCCAGGCCAAGCUGCAGGAGUAUGGCACGACCCAGGGCCAGUGGGACCCUGCAGACCCUGCCCCCAGCAGCCUGGGCAUGGCUGACCUGCUGGCAUGCAACUGUGCGGUGGCCACCCUCCGGGACCCAGCCACGGCCCUCGGCAACAUGGUAGCCGCUCUCCAGGAGGGCGGCUUCCUGCUGCUGCACACGCUGCUCAGAGGACACCCGCUGGGAGAGACGGUUGCCUUCCUCACCUGCCCGGAGCCCCAGCGAGGCGGGCAGAGCCUCCUGAGCCAGGACGAGUGGGAGGGUCUGUUUGCCGGGGCGUCCCUGCACCUGGUGGCCCUGAAGAGGUCCUUCUACGGCUCCGCGCUCUUCCUGUGCCGCCGCCGGCCGGCCCCGCAGGACGGCCCCGUCUUCCUGCCUGUGGAGGACACCAGCUUCCGAUGGGUGGACUCCCUGAAGAACGUUCUGGCCAGCGACUCCUCCCGCCCCGUGUGGCUGACGGCCUUCAGCUGCACCACCUCGGGUGUCGUGGGCAUGGUGAACUGUCUCCGCCGAGAGCCUGGCGGGCACCGGAUUCGAUGCAUCCUGGUGUCCAACCUCAGCAGCACCUCCCCCAUCCCCAAGAUGGACGCAAGCUCCUCAGAGUUGCAGAAGGUGUUACAGGGGGACCUCGUGAUGAACGUCUACCGGGACGGGUCCUGGGGGGCCUUCCGCCAUUUCCCCCUGGAGCAUGGCCUGCCAGAGGAGCAGACCGAGCACGCCUUCGUGAAUGUCCUCACCCGGGGGGACCUCUCCUCCAUCCGCUGGGUCUGCUCCCCUCUGCGUCACGCCCAGCCCACUGACCCCGGCAUCCACCUCUGCACCGUCAGCUACGCCUCCCUCAACUUCCGAGACAUCAUGCUGGCCACGGGCAAGCUCUCCCCUGAUGCCAUCCCAGGGAAAUGGGCCUCCCGGGACUGUAUGCUGGGCAUGGAGUUCUCUGGCCGGGACGCCAGUGGCAAGCGUGUGAUGGGGCUGGUGCCCGCUGAGGGCCUGGCCACUUCCGUCCUGCUGUCUGAGGACUUCCUGUGGGAGGUUCCGUCUAACUGGACCCUGGAGGAGGCAGCUUCCGUGCCCGUGGUAUACUCUACCGCCUACUACUCGCUGGUGGUGCGGGGGCGCAUGCAGCGCGGGGAGACGGUGCUCAUCCACUCGGGCUCGGGCGGCGUGGGCCAGGCCGCCAUCGCCAUCGCCCUGAGCCUGGGCUGCCGCGUCUUCACCACCGUGGGGUCCGCCGAGAAGCGGACGUACCUCCAGGCCAGGUUCCCUCAGCUCGGCGACACCAGCUUUGCCAACUCCCGGGACACGUCCUUCGAACAACACGUGCUGUGGCACACAGGCGGGAAGGGUGUCGACCUGGUUCUGAACUCUCUGGCGGAGGAGAAGCUGCAGGCCAGUGUGCGCUGCCUGGCCCAGCACGGCCGGUUCCUGGAGAUCGGCAAAUUUGACCUUUCCAACAACCACCAGCUGGGCAUGGCCAUCUUCCUGAAGAACGUGACCUUCCACGGGAUCCUGCUGGACGCGCUCAUGGAUGACGGGGGCAGCGACUGGCGGGAGGUGGCGGCGCUGCUGCGGGCGGGCAUCCGGGACGGCGUGGUGCGGCCCCUCAAGUGCACCACGUUCCCCAAGCACCGCGUGGAGGACGCGUUCCGUUUCAUGGCCCAAGGGAAGCACAUCGGCAAAGUGGUCGUGCAGGUGCUCGAGGAGGAGCGGGAGAUGGUGCCACAGGUGACCAGGCCCACGCGGAUGACAGCUGUGUCCAAGAUCUUCUGCCCAGCCCACAAGAGCUAUGUCAUCACUGGGGGCCUAGGCGGGUUCGGCCUCGAGCUGGCCCAGUGGCUUGUGCUGCGAGGGGCCCAGAAACUCGUGCUGACCUCUCGCUCUGGGAUCCGCACAGGCUACCAGGCCAAGCAAGUCCAUGAGUGGAGGCGCCAGGGCGUGCAGGUCCUGGUGUCCACCAGCGACGCCAGCUCGCCAGAUGGGGCCCGGAGCCUCGUGGCAGAGGCCACACAGCUGGGGCCUGUGGGUGGCGUCUUCAACCUGGCCAUGGUCCUGAGAGAUGCCAUGCUGGAGAAUCAAAGCCCUGAGUUCUUCCAGGAUGUUAACAAGCCCAAGUACGACGGUACCGUGAACUUGGACAGGGUGACCCGGGCGGUGUGCCCCGAGCUGGACUACUUUGUGGUCUUCUCCUCCGUGAGCUGCGGGCGCGGCAACGCCGGCCAGACCAACUACGGCUUCGCCAACUCCUCGAUGGAGCGUGUAUGUGAGAAGCGCCGGCACGACGGCCUGCCAGGCCUCGCGGUGCAGUGGGGCGCCAUCGGAGAUGUGGGCAUCAUCCUGGAGACAAUGGGCUCCAACGACAUGGUCAUUGGUGGGACGCUGCCUCAGCGUAUCACCUCCUGCUUGGAGGUGCUGGACUCCUUUCUGAACCAGCCCCACGCCGUCUUGAGCAGCUUUGUGCUGGCUGAGAAGAAGACCAGCGCCCAGGGUGAUGGCAGUGCCCAGCUGGACCUCAUGAAGGCGGUGGCCCACGUCCUGGGUAUUCGAGACUUGGCCACCAUCAACCUGGACAGCACGCUGACAGACCUGGGCCUGGACUCGCUCAUGGGCGUGGAGGUGCGCCAGAUACUGGAGCGCGGGUAUGACCUGCUGCUGUCCACGCGGGACAUCGGGCAGCUCACGUUCCGCAAGUUGCAGGAGUUUUCCUCGAAGGCGGGCACGGCUAACGAGCUGGCCGCCCCCACGGCCAAGGACAGCAGCAGAACCGGUCAGCAGGCCCAGCUGAACCUGAGCACCCUGCUGGUGAACCCCGAGGGCCCGACCUUGACACGGCUCAACUUGGUGCAGAGCUCUGAGCGACCCCUGUUCCUGGUGCACCCCAUCGAAGGCUCCACCAUCGUGUUCCACGGCCUGGCCUCCAAGCUCAGCAUCCCCACCUACGGCUUGCAGUGUACCCAAGCUGCACCCCUGGACAGCAUCCAGAGUCUGGCCGCCUACUACGUGGAGUGCAUCCGGCAGGUGCAGCCCGAGGGGCCCUACCGCAUCGCCGGCUACUCGUUCGGGGCCUGUGUGGCCUUCGAGAUGUGCUCCCAGCUGCAGGCUGCGCAGCAGAGCCCGGCCCCCUCACACCACAGCCUCUUCUUGUUUGACGGCUCACACUCCUACGUGCUGGCCCACACGCAGAGCUACCGCGCCAAGAUGACCCCGGGCUGCGAGGCGGAGGCCGAGGCCGAGGCCAUGUGCUUCUUCAUGCAGCAGUUCAUCGACGUGGAACACGACAAGGUGCUGGAGGCGCUGCUGCCCCUCGGGGACCUGGGGGAGCGCGUGGCGGCCGCCGUGGACCUGAUCGAGCGCAGCCACGCGGGCCUGGACCGCCGCCAGCUGACCUUCGCCGCGCGCUCCUUCUACCACAAGCUGCGCGCGGCCGAGCAGUACACGCCGCGGGCCACCUACCACGGCAGCGUGACGCUGCUGCGCGCCAAGACCGGCAGCGGGUACGGCGAGGGCCUGGGCGCCGACUACAACCUGUCCCAGGUGUGCGACGGCAAGGUGUCGGUACACGUGAUCGAGGGGGACCACCGCACGCUGCUGGAGGGCAGCGGCCUGGAGUCCAUCCUCAGCAUCAUCCACAGCUCCCUGGCCGAGCCGCGCGUCAGUGUGCGGGAGGGCUAGGCGCCCCCCGCGGCCCCGGGGGGGGGGAGGGUCCUGCCGGUGGGAGCCCCGCCCCCGCGCCCUGUGCGCCGCCGCCGCCGCCGCCGACUCGGAGACCCGCCCCGGUCUGUGAAGGGUCGGCCGGGCGGGCCCGGCGCGCCGCGUGGGUCUGCGCCGCGGUCCUCCAUUCGAUCCUCCUAUUUAUUGCGUCGCUGGGGAGACGCCAGGGCCUCGUCCACCCUGUGAAGGCCGGCGGCGCGGGAGCCCCAGCCCUGGGGCCCCCAUGAUGCAGGGGCCUGUGGAAGGGAGCAGUCCAGGGCGCCCGGGCACCGUUCUGUGUUCGUCUGUAUUCGUUUUUCAAGAAACAUGAUUCAUAUUGCUGCUUGCA